GUCAAGCUGGGAACUGCCUGACUUGAGGGAAGGGAGAGUAAAAGCCAUCAGUGACUCAGAUGGGGUGAGCUACCCCUGGUACGGGAACACUACAGAAACUGUGACCCUGGUUGGCCCCACCAACAAGAUCUCCAGGUUCUCCGUCAGCAUGAAUGAUAACUUUUACCCCAGUGUGACAUGGGCAGUGCCAGUGAGUGACAGCAACGUGCCACUUCUCACAAGAAUCAAGAGGGACCAAAGUUUUACCACCUGGCUGGUGGCCAUGAACACCACCACAAAGGAGAAGAUCAUUCUGCAGACCAUCAAGUGGAGGAUGAGAGUGGACAUUGAAGUGGACCCCCUGCAGCUGUUGGGGCAGCGGGCCCGGCUCGUGGGCAGGACUCAGCAGGAGCAGCCCCGGAUUCUGAGCCGGAUGGAACCCAUCCCCCCUAACGCACUAGUGAAGCCCAAUGCCAACGAUGCCCAGGUCCUCAUGUGGAGGCCCAAGCGGGGGCCACCUCUGGUUGUGAUACCUCCUAAGUAGAAGCAGACUGCCCAACUGUGUGUGGAACACAUGCCAUUGAGACACGCAGUGGGGUUGCCAGGGGUGGCAGGAGCCAAACUGAGUUUCUGAGCCAAAGCAGACCUCUUGGUUUGCCAGCCUCUGCAGCUACUUGUGAAGAGUACAGCUGCUCCUUGGGUGGUAGAACCAUAUCCCUUAGGAAAAGCCCCUUCUUCUUAGGAAUAAAGAAAUCACUGAUUUGACAGACUUGCUGUGAUUACCAUGCAAGUAGCCAUAUUUUGCAGCUGACCGGGAUGAUUCUUUUAUUUGAACUAUUGACCAUUUCUUUCCUGUGAGAUGCAGGGGAUGUAAAUGAAACUAAACAGUGCCUGUGGCGGAUGCUGCUUCCCAACCAAUUAGAAGCCCGAGUGGAAACAUCCACACCAGGUGUUCGUAAGACAGUCCCCAUGUGUGUGACUGGAGGGUGUUGGGGAGUUGGGUGAAAGAUACUGGGUGAUGGGGAGAGAGAAGACGAAGUUGUUGCUGCAGAUUAAUAUCAGUUAUUAGUUGAUGAUCAGAUUGUCGACACACCCACUGGAACGAGAGGAACACUUAAACUGGAAAGGUGGUGGUGGUGUGAGCCCUUUGCCCUGAGUGAGAACUGUCCUGGGAACUGUCCAAAGUGCUGAUGUCAGCAACCCUGGUGGAGCCACACUGCUUCCAUCCACUCCCCUCUUUCCAAAGAGAGGGCUCAUUCUAAGUGUUGUCAGUCACGGUAUUGGACAUGUAGUUCCCGUUUUUUCUGUAGUAACGAUGGCACUGGGUCCCUCCUGAGAUUUUAGUGACUCAAUCUGUGACUUCGUUUACAGCUACAGAUUCCUCACCAACCCUCAAUUUACAAAGAUGUAUAGCCACCCAUUCAUGUAGGGCUUCGGGAACAUCUCAACAAACGAGAACAAUACUUUCAAGUCUUAGUCUCUGAAUUGUUUGGGCUCGGGAAAUGCACACAUCUGUGCAUGCACUUGUGUAUUCAGAGAUAAUAGCAGCUAGUCUUGCCAGUAGUGCCUGAAUAUUCAUCAAUGGCCUUUAAACACACAUAGUACACACACUGUAAGUCCACAUAGGUUAACGUCAGCUAUACUUAUAAAAAUUCAACUUUAACUGCUUGUUCAGCCGUAGGAUGAAAAUUCUUCCUACUUGUUUAGUGAAAAUCUGAGCACUUACCUUGAACAAACUUGUGUUGCUGAGACCCAGCCAAGAAAGGUGGGAAGCCAAAUGUCCUUUAGUCAGGCAGUGUAAGACUCUCUGAAAGGUUUCCAGUAUUUACAGAUUUCCAAUCCUUUCCUAAAUCAUCCUCCCCACACACAAAAAAGAGAGUUUUCCUUGUUAUUCUUAAUAGUGAAGAUUGUGAGAUAGAUCCUUCCUUGUUCAGAAACUCCCCGUGCAAACGAACUACAGAAUUCUCACAAUGUGGUACAUUGAAUAAGUAAAUUCUUCAAGACUAAUUUCAGAGAUGAGAGAUGCCAAGUCUGGAGCCAUUAUACAGAUCCUGUCAUUGUCUCCAAAUCUGCCAGAGUUUGGGGACAGAGAAUGCUAACCCCGGAGGCUUGCUCAUUGCUUUUUUCUUUAAAUGCACUGCAGUCUAAUUUCUUUCAUGCUCUUGCCCCAGAGGAUGCUACUCAUAAUUAUAUAGCACUAACUUCACACCCCAAUCAUCAGCUUCUCUUUCAUAGACUAGUUACUAAUGGCAAGACAUUUCUAACAAUGCAUCAAUGCCCAUUGGUGAUUUGCACAAACUCUAUCUGGAAAUAAUUCUGUUUAGAAAUAAUUCAGCUAUUACUUUUGGAUUCCCCUGUCCCUUCCCCAUGCUUCCCUACUUUUUCAUGGCAGAGCUGACCUCAGAGAGCUACAGGCUGAAGAGUAAAGCUGCUUAUUUUCCAUGCUGACAUCAGAAACACCAAUCUCUCCCUCGUUGAAUUAGAUGCCACUUUCAUGAGAUUUGGGACGGUGGAUGCUGAUCUUGGAAUGCAAACCACUUUAAGAAAACCUGAUUUUUUUAACAUCUAAAAUUGUAACAACAGAUGAAUAAGAAAGAGUUUAUAUUAAAAAUCCUGUGCAAGGUUUCAGUCUUUAAAUGUCCCUAGAACAUUAAGAUAUGACUCACACAAUUAUAUUUCCAUAAAAUAUAACUUUUCAAAGAGCUGUCUAUACUUACAAAGAAGGUGCAGCAUUUGCUUACCUAGACUUAUUCCUCCUUAAGAAGAAUCACUCCAGAUUUUUAAAAUAAAUUACCCCCAGGUGAUUUUCUGGGAAAUGUUAUAAUGAAAAAAUAUGGGAAAGGGCUUAUAAAAGGUAAAAGCACUAUGCAAAUAUGCAUUACCAUUGUCACUUGUUACUUCUGUAAACUCUCUCUCUCUCUCAGUUUGAAGUCAAUCUGGCAGAACACUCAAUUUCCCAGUAGCCAAUUAUGUUAAAGUUAUCAUUGUUUUACAAGGAGAUGACUCCCUUUCUCGAUAUCUGUGGAUCAUUGCCUUUUAGCUUAGUCAGGAUAUUGUCAAGCAAAGGGCUCUCUUACGGGCAAGAAUUAACCUUGAGAUCUCUGCUAGGGUCACCUACAUCUUCCCAUCGGCCUGCAUUCCCUUGAGAACAGAUGGUCUGUUGCCAGACAUCAGUUUCAAAGGGGGCUCAUUCUGUGUCUUUGGUGUUAGUGUGGUGGUCUCCAGACUAUAUCUGGGUUCUGUAUAGGUUUCUUAGUGGCACAACAGCUUUAACCUCUUGUAUUUGAAACAACAUUUCAUCAGAUCUUAAAUGAGGUCACCUUUGAGAUCUUCUAGUCCAUGAUCUCCAAGGAAAUUGAGACCCAUUUUAAUUAGGUCAUCUAUUCAGGAUCACAAACCUAAUCAGCACAGGCCAAGAGAAGGCCCGAGUCUCCCAGAUCCCAGCUUACAAUACAGGCACAUUACCUGGGACCUGGGGUCUUCCCUUGUCUCCAGCCAGAAACACUGUCAUUGUCCCAGAAUCAUUCACCCACAAAUCAAUUAGCCUAGAAAUGAAAAACAAUUGGGUCCAGAACCCUUUCAUUACAAUGUUGAAAAAAUGAACAUUCCAGAUUGCUUUCUGUCUGUGACAGCUGUUUUGAUACUAAACCCUUAAUCUUUGUUCUCUGCUGUAUGCAUACCAUAUCCUCAGGUCAUUGCUGUAGUCCACAACACAUCGGAGGCUGGAGGCUGGUCCCCUUUCUGCUUUCCUUCCAAUGAAUCAUUUUGGAUUCCACCCCCACCCC